AUGGUUUGUGGGUGUCUGUCUCAGCGCUGCUUGCUGUUGAAUCUGCUGCAGCAGCAGCAGCAGCAGCAGCAGCAGGCCCGCAGCAGCCAGAUGGUUUCAGAUACGGAGCCGGCUGCAGCACAAGCAGCAGCAGCAGCAGCAGCAGCAGCUGCAGCAGCAGCAGCUGCUGCUGCUGCGCCUGCUGCUGCUGCACCAGCUGAUGCUACACCGCCUGCUGCUGCACCAUCUGCGGGCGCAGCAGCGAGCAGCAGCAGCAGACGCCCCAGACAUCUAUCAAAGGGGAUAGCCCCGUGGCUGCUCCGCAAACUGAAGAAGCAGCAGAAGCAACAGCAGCAGCAGAAACAACAGCAACUGCAGCAGCAGCAGAGCACGCCCCAGACAUCUAUCAAAGGGGAUAGCCCCGUGGCUGCUCCGCAAACUGAAGAAGAGCAGCAGCAGCAGCAGCAGCAACAGGAGCAGCAGCAGCAGCAGGAGCAGCAGGAACAGCAACUGCUGCAGCACAAAUCAUCAGUACCCCCCGAAGCAUCUAGGGAAACCUCGCAGCAGCAGCAGGAACAGCAACUGCUGCAGCACAAAUCAUCAGUACCCCCCGAAGCAUCUAGGGAAACCUCGCAAGAUCCAGCAGCAGCAGCAGCAGCAGCAGAAGCAACAGGAGCAGAAGCAACAGCAGCAGAAGCAACAGCAGCAGCAGAAACAACAGCAACUGCAGCAGCAGCAGAGCAAGCAAAGACUGCAUCUGCUGAAGGCGCGGUAGCUGGGGAAGCUGCAGCAAGGGCAACAGCAGCAACAUCAGCAGAAGCAGCAGCAGCAGCAGCAGCAGCAGAAACAGCAGCAGCAGCAGCAGCAGAAACAGCAGCAGCAGCAGAAACAACAGCAGCAGCAGAAACAGCAGCAGCAGCAGAAACAGCAGCAGCAGCAGCAGCAGAAACAGUAGCAGCAGCAGAAACAGCAGCAGCAGCAGAAACAGCAGCAGCAGCAGAAACAGUAGCAGCAGCAGAAACAGCAGCAGCAGCAGAAACAGCAGCAGCAGCAGAAACAGCAGCAGCAGCAGCAGCAGGAGAUACUGGUGCAGUAUCUCCUCGGAGCGAAGAAGCUAUGUCUCCAGCAAACAGCAGCAGCAGCAGCAGCAGCAGCAGCAGCAGGAGAUACUGGUGCAGUAUCUCCUCGCAGCGAAGAAGCUAUGUCUCCGUGUGCUGCUCUGGGCCCCGAGCUGCAGGCUGCUGCUGCUGCAGUGCAGCAGCAGAUCUGCUGCUUCGUGAGAGAGGCGCUGCGGGCGCUGCCGCCGCCGCACUUGCUGCUGUGGCAUGCAACGUGGGCUUCGCAGCGCACGCAGGUGGAGAUGCUGCUGCAGCAGCAACUGCAGCAGCAGCAGCAGCAGCAGCAGCAGCAGCAGACCAAAUGCAGCAGCAACUCCUGCAACAACAACACCAACAGUUUCAGCAGCAACACAUGCAGCAGCCACACAUGCAGCAGCAACAGCUGCAGCAGCAACUGCAGCAGCAGCAGCAGCAGCAGCAGCAGCAGCAGCAGCAGCAAGCGGCAGCCCUGCACCUACAAAGCAGCCCACCCUGCCACAUCCCCGCAGCUGUGGCUGCGCACAUGCAGCAGCCACACAUGCAGCAGCAACAGCUGCAGCAGCAACUGCAGCAGCAGCAACUGCAGCAGCAGCAGCAGCAGCAGCAACAGCAGCAAGCGGCAGCCCUGCACCUACAAAGCAGCCCACCCUGCCACAUCCCCGCAGCUGUGGCUGCUCAGAUAGCCUACAGGGAGGCCAAGAACAGACAAGCAGCAGCAGCAGCAGCAGCAGCAGCAAGUGCAGCAGCAGCAGCAGCAGCAGAAGACUGCGGGCGGGCUUCAUCAAGGGGUGAUGAAGACCCAAGGGGCCCUUGGGGGCCCCCGGGGGCCCCCCAGGGCCCCUUUGCUGCACGGCGAGAGCUGCCGUGGUUAAGGAGACUCGGGUCAACGCAGCAAUACAGCAGCAGCAGCAGCAGCAGCAGCGGCAGCAGCAGCAGCAGCAGCAGAAGCUGUAAGGGGGCCGCCAGCAAGGGCCCCUCUGCGGGGCCCCUGACGGAGAAGAAAUGCCGGGGGGCAAAGGUACCUCGGCCAGAGGCUGCUGAUCUGCUGCUGCAGCAGCAGCAGCAGCAGCAGCAGCAGCAGCUGUGGAGCUUACAAGGAGAGGGAGACGCAGCAGCAGCAGCAGCAGGGGAGCAGUGA